AUGAGCGCCGUACAGAAAGACACGCCUGUUUCAACCUUCAUCAUCGUCGGCGGCGGAAUAGCUGGACUGGCUUCGGCCAUUGCGCUCAGAGCUCCGCGACGCAAGGUCAUUGUUUUGGAGCAAUCAUCACUGAACCGAGAGGUCGGCGCGACGCUAUCGCUUCAGCCAAACGCAUCCAAGAUCGUCGAAAAGCAAUGGGGAUUGGGUGCAGCAUUGAAGCAAGUAGGCGCGAUGCGAGAUGAAGGUUUCAACAUCUAUUCGAUCGAUGGCAAGCUUCAAAGAAGCAUUCCGCUGGUGUCCAAAACCGAGUAUGGCGCAGAUCGAAUGGUAUAUCACCGCAGGGACAUACACGACACAUUGAAAGAAUACGCGACACGCUCGGACGGCCACACAGAACCUGCUGACAUCCGAACCUCUUCCUGCGUUGUUAGUUGUGAUCCGGAUGCUGGGACCGUAAUCUUGAACGACGGUAGCACAAUGAAAGCUGACGUAAUUGUUGGUGCAGACGGCAUCAAAUCGGCGCUGCGGAAAGACGUCUUAGGCCAUGAAGUCCAAGCACUGCCGACAGGCUUCUCGGCAUACCGGCUGGUGCUGUCGUCCUCGGAUCUGGAGCAAGACAAAGAUUUCCGUGAUGUCAUCGAUCCACGAAGCUCUUUCACAUCUAUGGUCAUGGGACAUGACCGGCGAAUGAUAAUGGGACCAGCCCGCGACGGAGAUUUAUACUCAGUGGUGGCUCUGGUACCAGAUCAAAGAGCGGAGGUAGAUUCUGGUAACAGCUGGAAUUCAAAAGGCGACCUAGAUACGCUGUUGAAAGAGUACAAAGACUUUCCGGCUUGGGCGACCGCACCGUUUAGACUGGCAAAGGACGACAUAGGUCUGUGGCAACUGCGUGAUACGGAGCCGUUGGAGACAUGGUAUCGUGGUCGAGUGAUACUCAUUGGAGACGCAGCUCAUGCGAUGUUACCCACACAGGGCCAGGGCGCCAGCCAGGCAAUCGAAGACGCAGAAGCACUUGGGGCGUUCUUCUCUGAUUUGGAAGGAAAACUUCCACUUGAAGACGUGCAAAGGCGGCUCAAGGCUGUAUUUGAAGCUAGAUUUGAACGAGCUGCAACGAUUCAGAGAUACUCGCGGGAGGCUGCGCGACCGGCUACAGACAAGGGAGAGACGAAGAUCAAGAUGAAUCCAGCUGAGUUCAUGGACUACAAUUGUUUGUACAAUGGGGCGAAGGAUUGGGUAAGCACGAGGAAGGAAAGCUUAGAAAAGGGACUAGAAGGGCUAGUCUUUUAG